AUGGCCUCGUCAUGCUUGCGAGCGCUGCAGCAGCAACAACUCGCGGAGAGCGACUCCGAUGAUGAGUUGUUGCUGUCUACGGCUGCGGACCUCAGCGAGGAGAACGACCGCAGCGCAAUGGCAUUGUCCCCUAGCUCCAGGACCCACCGAGGAAACAACGGACACCGGAGCCGCCUGCGCACGCGCAGCGAUGUGCAAGAGGUAAUCCGCUUCAUGGAGGGUGAGGAGGAGGAUAUGGGCUCCCCAUCCGCCAAAACAGAGACGGAGGCCCCGGCGGCAAAUACCACCUGCUGGGACAACCUCGACCCCCGCCUGCUCCCUGUGGUCCUGACGGUGUCACUCCUCUGCAGCGCAAUCUGCUGGUUCUUCUUGCAGUGCCCGCUGUUGAGUGAGAAUGGCAUGGGCCCUCUCCACGUUCUCCGCGCUGGAGCGGCCAUGCCGUUUGUGCUGGCAUUCGGUCUCAUGGCCUUCGCCAGCCAAGUGGACCCUGGCAUGGUUCCGGAAGGGUACCCGGACUUAGCCAUCGAGCGGUCCUACAAAUCGUCACAGUUCCCGCGCCGCAUACGCAGAUACGACCAUUUCUGCCGAUGGUUGCUCAACGGCAUCGGUUUGUACAACCACCGCGAGUUUUUCCUCCUGCUGAUGGUCUUCACUGUGAUGGUGACGGGAAGCUUGAUCGUGGACGUCUACCUCCUCGCCGCUUUCUUUCGCCCCGAACACUGGGUCGUGGAGUGCUUGCUGGCUGCCCAUCUGACCUACGUUGUGGUAUUUGCGUAUGGUCUGCUCCCGAUUGUGCGCCUACACGUGGCCUUCGUUUCGAGGAAUGAGCUGGCAAAUGAAUGGAAGGACGACCUAAACUACGUUGUGGACGAUUUGGAGGCGGGCACCUCGAAGUGGGUGGGAGAGCUGGACAUCGAAGAAUUCAACGACAAGUUCGACACGUUCCGCUAUGACCCCACGCGAAAUCGCUGGGACAAGGGCUGGCACAUGAACUGCUACUUGUUCUGGUGUGUCCCAAGAUGGGACAAGCAUCAGAUGGGAGAGUUUUAA